AUGCCGAAAAAAAGUAAAGUUAAUAAGUUAGCGCGUAUGUCUGACGAAGAACGGGCAAGGUAUCUGCAGCAUAGAGCUGACGUAGAAGAAGAAGCGAGGAGGAGAAAACAUGAGUUAAUAGCCCGGUUUAUUAAAAAUAAAUUAGACAAAGAGGAAUCAUAUAGCAAAAUCAAUACAGCUAAGAUAAACCAAGAAUGGCGCUACAUACUCCGAAGAAUAAAAUGUCGGCAAAUGGAAACAGAUAUUCAGGGGAUGGCAGCCAGUUUCAAUUUCCUGAUGGAAAGGAAGAACCGACUCAUCGAAUCACUGACAAGGGCGAUCGAAGAUUCCGAUGAACAGCACAGGCGCGCUUUUCAGGCUCACACUGAAAAUUUGAGCUAUUUUCUAAGAAUAGGCACGCAGAGAUUAGACAAAUUACAAGCAGCCUAUGAGCACCAGAAAAACGAUUUCUUAGAAAUGUGGGAUAAGGAAGAGAUGGAAAUCACAGACAGCGAGGACAAAUCAGAAUUCAAGCUUAUGUUAAUAACCUUUAUACAAGAGAGAGACUUUAAAUCUUAUAAAAAUCAGAAAGACAUUGAAAGAGCGACCAUUAAGAACGACGCACGGUUGGAGCAUGAAGAAGAAAUGCGAAAUUUAUGCCGUCCAAUGCAAUUAGAAAUAGACUUAUAUUGGAGCAAAUUACGUGAUGUUUACAAUGGUUACUUGGAACAACACAAUCCAAUUAUGAGUCACUAUCUAUCUCUUCAGGAGAAAGACGAUUUCUACCAAAGGGAUAUAUUCAGGAAUGAGAUUCAAAUACAACAGGCCACGGAAAUACUUCUCUCUUUGCAAAAGGAAUGCUCUAGAACGACAAAUUCUCUGAGCUAUAAGUUGAAUCGGCUUAACAAACAUAAAGAGGAUUUAGCUAAGAAAUACUGGCAGAUGAAGAAAGAUAACAAGACGAAUAGACGUCGGGAGAGUGAUAUGCUAGAAAUUUUGGUGGAUGCUAGCACUGAUGCUAAAACGUAUCUAGAGAAGAUGCUUCAAAAGAUACAAAAAGUAAAUGUAAUGGCAAAAAUAUGCAGUAAAUAUGAAUAUGGUGAUGACACUCUCCUAGAAGGGAUUGAGAGUGAUGGAAUUUCAGAAGACUAUGAGAACCUUGACACUGCUAUGAUAGAAGAAUACAAGGAAUUUAGAAAAAUGGACAAGUUUCUGCUAAAAGUUAACAGGGCCAAGGUCCAAACAAUGUGCCUUAGAAGUGAAAAGGCUAAACUUGCCAAGGAAAAUAUACAACUGAAACAAUAUAUCAAGAAAUACCUCACUGAUUUGGCUUUAAAGGAUGGCAAGGAAAGGCCAGUAACUUCAAGACAUGCUGAUAAAGAAACUACUUAUGGGAAAGCAUUAAAUCGCCCCGUGACAUGUAUAGAAGGAGCUCUGUCAAAUGCUGUAUUACAUGAACAGAGGCUGAAACUAGAGAAGCAACGGCUCAAGGAAAUAGGUGGACUUAAGUCAUACCCUCGAGUCAAUUGUUGGUAGUGAGACCUAUCAUUUUAGAAACGAUUGCUUCUAAUCUUAAAAUAUGCAUUAUCUUAUUUAAGGCUACCUAUAUUUUGAUAUGUAUUUACAAAAAAGGAUGUGAUUUUAAUUAACAA